AACAUACCAGGUUAGGCGGCUGUCAGUUGUCUGUCAGUCUGUGUGAGAGGGCGUUUUUUGAAAUAAAGAUUGUGAAGAUAAAGGAUUCGCAGAAUUAUCGCACGACUGGUUUUGCCUACCUUUGGAAGCGAGUCAAUCACGUGUCAGUAUGCAUUGGCGAAUCUUCUUCGCCACUGUUAUCUGUGUAAAUGGAAUUCAUGCUUCAGGAAUCCUCUACCCCAGACCAUCGGAAUCAAGAGAAACACUAACCUUGGACGGAAUUUGGAAAUUUGCGAUCGCUAACAGGACAGAACAGAACAAAGGUUUUAAAGAUAAGUGGUAUGCAGCCCCUCUUCAUCACAAUGUGGAAGUGAUUGACAUGCCUGUGCCCUCUAGUUAUAAUGACAUAACACAAGAUGCAAACAUUAGGGAUCACAUUGGUUGGGCCUGGUAUCAAAGAGAUUUUUUCCUUCCCAAAAGUUGGAAAUCACAGCAAGUCAGUAUCAGGUUUGGCAGUGUCAAUUAUUAUGCAGUAGUGUGGAUCAAUGGUGUUGAAGUAACCAAUCACUCUGGAGGUUAUUUGCCUUUCGAGGUAAAAAUCACUGAACAUUUGAAAUUUGGACACCUAAACUGGAUCACAGUAGCUGUUAACAACACACUCACUCCAUGGACUAUCCCUCAGGGGAAAAUUGUUUACCACAACGACUCACAACGCUACCCCGCAGGCUAUUAUGAACAACAGUAUAAUUUUGAUUUCUUCAAUUUUGCGGGCAUUCACCGUCCUGUCAUAUUAUCUGCAACGCCAAAAACUUAUAUAGACGAUAUAACCAUCAACACGACGAGUGUGACGGAUUCUCUUGGCGUCAUAUUCUACUCGGUUGAGCUAGGGGGCUCGAAGAUUGCCGCUUACUCAGUCAUUGCAGAAAUUUAUGAUGCACAGCACCGCCUCGUUGCUCAGGCCAAGGGACUCAAAGGCGAAAUCAGCAUUAAUAAUCCAAACUUGUGGUGGCCCCGAGGAAUGAACGAGUCAGUCGGAUAUCUUUACACGCUCAAGAUCCAGUUAUGGAACGAUGCCAAAAAUGUGGAGGGUGACAUUUACAGACUUCCAUUCGGUGUUCGUUUCAUUGAAUGGAAUUCGACAGGGGUCUACAUAAAUGGAAAAAGCGUUUAUUUUAAAGGAUUUGGCCGACACGAAGACGCGAUUUUGAGAGGCCGUGGCUUGGACCUGGUAACAUUAACAAAGGACUACAAUCUAAUGAGAUGGAUAGAAGCCAAUUCAUUUCGCACUUCACACUACCCAUAUUCGGAAGAACUAAUGGAUCUGGCUGAUCAACAAGGAUUUCUGGUUAUCGAUGAAGUUCCAGCUGUUGGUCUUGAUAACUUUGAUGAUGAACUUUUGGAAGCCCACAUGCAGACCUUGAAGGAACUGGUUCAACGCGACAAAAAUCGCCCUGCAGUUGUAAUGUGGUCAAUUGGCAACGAACCCCAAUCGCAAAAACAAGUCUCGGCACACUACUUUGAGCGUGUCGCUAAUUAUACUCGUUCAUUGGAUCUCGCCAGACCUGUGACCAUGGUUUUGGCUCAAUCCUACGCGUCUGAUUUAGCUGCCCAGUUCCUAGAUGUUAUUUGCAUAAAUCGUUAUUUCGGUUGGUACUCGGAUACCGGCCAUAGCGAACUAAUAACCUACCAGAUGAUAAAAGAAGUCACAGCUUGGCAUGAAAAACAUUUGAAACCGGUUGUGGUAACCGAAUAUGGUGCUGGAGCUCUUGCCGGUCUACACACGGAUCCUCCUGUUGUUUGGACCGAGGAUUAUCAAGUGGUCUUGAUGGAGCAGAACUUUAAGGCAUUCGAUCAACUGCGUGAAAUGGGCUAUCUCAUUGGCGAGAUGAUCUGGAACUUUGCUGACUUUGCCACUCCACAAGAAUACUUUCGGCCAACUGGAUGCAUGAAAGGCGUUUUCACUCGUGAAAGACAACCCAAAUUCGCUGCCCAUUUCCUACGCCGUCGCUAUGCACAACUGACCUAGCGAUGAAAACAAUAGAACUAAACGCCGCUUUGUUCUUCAAUGCGGAAAACUACUAAAAAUUAUCCCGUAAAACACCCAUCGUUCAUUGUCGGUGAAAUAGGAUAUCAAACUUGGGCAUUUAAACAUUUUUCUCGUCAAAGUGGAAACGCUUAGUGUAUAACAAGGGCACAUGAGUAGACUGUUGAAUUCAACCCGAAAA